AACUGAAAAAAUUGAAGAUUUAGGUACAUUAAAAGCUUGUGCCUAACUCAAGUUUAUUUCUGUCAUUACUGGGAGAUGAAUAACAGGAUCGUUUUUUAACUACAGUCACAUAGUGUACCUAAUGCUCUAAAAGCUAAUGUUAACUUUCUGUUAACCACUUUAUUAAUUCAGUUAGAACUCAGAAACACUCAAAUAUGUCAGUUUAUAUUCAAUUCAAGCAAAUCAGCACAUUGAUGGCACUUCAUUCAUGGAAGACUGUUCACCCACACCGGCCCCUGAUCAAGUUUAGGAAUGGUCCACAUGCAGCGACCUCGGAGCGGCCGGCCGUACACGCCUCGCCGGUGACGGCGGCGCCUGCGCCGGCCGCCGCCAGCGCCCCUAGCGGCGGCGGCCGCAGGUGGACCACGGUGCAGUCGGGGCCCGUGCUGGAGGAGUGGCAGCUGCCGGCCCGCUACCGCCGCCUGCCGCUCGAGGAACGCGAGAUCGAGUGCAUCAAUAAUGGCGGAAUGCCAUGAACUCUCCAGUGCCUGAUCGUAGCAGUGAAGGUGCGUGUUUGCAUGAAGUGCUGGUAUUUACCAUGAAGAAAUGACGCGCCGAUGUCGGCUUAACUCAAGCCUGGAGGCCGCUUUAACUCCUACGGGGUGUUCACAAACUGCCGUAGCCUUCGCCAGCAUGUGAGCCACCACAUGCGGUAACGCUGGGUCAGAAGGGACCUUCCCCGUGUCUGGAAGCCGACAGAUAUAGCCGAUAUGAGCUGCAGUGUUAUCUGGGGGCCGCCGGUGGACCCCGGACUGUUGAUGGACUGUGCGCAGUGGUCUGUGUGUAGAUUAGUAGAUAAAUACACCAAAGUGGAUGGGAA